AUGGAAGACGACCCGUUGCUUCUUCGGCUCCGCAGACUCGCCGAAUCUUCUCAAGCUCUGCUCCGUGAAACCACCGCCACUUCCUCGUCAAAGAGUACCGCUGCAGAAACGCCUAGAGAUUGCCGCGAGGACGCUAUUAACGGGGAUGCUGCUGCUAAUAGCGAGCAGCGUGCGGGUGACGCUGAGAAGGCUGCUCUUGCGGGGCUGGUGGGCGCGGUGGACGCGGUGGUGGCGGAGGCGGAAGGCGCGGGCCGGAUGCUGGCGGGGAGGGGGGAAGCGGGGAAGGGUGAGGCGGGGAGGGGGGAGGCAGAGCGGGAGGAGCCGGGCAGGCGCAAGGGUACCAGGGGAAGGGGUAGGGGUGGACGGGGGAACUCAAAGCGAGGGGAAGAGCUGGACGUUGGCGCAGGGGGAGCAGGGGGGGCAGGAGGCGCGGGAGGGGAAAAGGGGAAGAACGAGUUUGGGAAGAAACCAAUCCCUGAUAUUCCUGCUGAAGUCAUCUCUCUAUCUCUAGAGGUGCACGGGUGGUUGUUUGGGCGCAAUGGGAAGGGAGAGCGAGUGAGCCGUCGGUCGGAGCAUCUCGGCCGUCCAUGCGCUGCUGGGGUCGCAUCAGAGCCGUCGGUGGGUGGCAAGCCUGCAUCAGCUGCCGACUAG